UUAUAUUGACUUAGAUGAUGGAUUCUGGUGAUGAAUAUCACUUUCGACCUUAUAGGAAGUAUCAGGGAUUAGCAGUGGUGAUUGUAAACUUUACAAAGGAGAGAAGUGGCUCCAAAGAGGACAUCACAAAACUUAGGGAAACGUUUGAAAUACUGGGAUUUAAAGUAAAAAUCUAUAAAGAUCUCACCAAAGAAAAGUUUGACAAAAAAGUAAAUAAAUAUUCUAAAGGUGAUAAACUAAAAGAUUAUGAUAGCUUUGUGUUUGCAAUCAGUACACAUGGGUGUGAGCAAGAGAAGGUUGAGAAUAAUAUCGUAGUCCACCAUCACGCUCUGCUAAUGAAUGACCUCCAGUACUAUUAUACCGCCACAGUUCUUGAGAAGUUUAAGAAAUGUGAAGCACUGGAAGAAAAACCCAAGAUUUUCUUCAUCCAAGCUUGUAGAAUUCCUAUAAGUAUGUCAUCUGAAAUAUACCGGGCUCAGGGAAUUGGAUUCGAUAAAGGUGUCUGUUUACAAAAAUUGAGUCAGGAGGAACCAUCCAAAAAGAAAAGAAAACUUGACAAGACAGAUCAUGAAGUUUUAGAUUCUGAUCCAAAGAUUUUAUCAGAGGUGGGAGAAGAUGCUGCUGAUACUGCAAUGGAAUCUUUUUCUGAUGACUGCGAGAUGGGGGAUAGCCAGAGUAAUUCCGAAGAUGUUUUAUCAACAGCAACAAAAAUUGGGAAAUUAAGUGAUGAUCCAGACGCUCCUCGUGCUAUUCGAUAUCAACCAUCACAGGCUCUACUCCACAUUACAGCAGUUCCUUGUCACAAUGAUAUGCUGAUCAUGUUUGCUUCUCCUGAAGGAAAAUAUGCUUUUAGAAAUCAAGUCAUGGGCAGCUUCAUGUGGAUAUAUUUACACGAUUCCGUAAAAACUGAGUACGGUGAAGGUCAGCUUUUAAGCAAUAGAACCAACUUCCUGUAUAUACUAAACGAUGUUGCAGCCAAGAUGUCCUCCACUGUUUUCUGUGAUGGGAAGUACAAAAAUGUCACAUGUAUUGUCCACAAACUCUCCAAAGAUAUCAUCUUUUCAAAAGGAGAAAAAAUGUGA